CAAUCAAAUAAACCUCGCACUCCUGGCACUUCCUUCCUCACUGCUCACUGCAGAACUUUUCCAUCAAACACUUCACCGAUGCGAUAUUUUAAUCAACGAAGUAGCUGUGAAUAAAUACGCAGCGUUUUAUAAGGAUACAACAAACAACACAAUUUAUAAAAAGUGACUAUCAGCAGCAAAAUGGCAGCGGCCGACUCAUCAACCGACGACAGUCUUUAUCCAAUAGCCGUUUUAAUUGACGAACUGAAGAAUGAGGAUGUACAGUUGCGUUUAAAUUCAAUAAAAAAACUUUCAACAAUAGCAUUGGCACUUGGAGCUGAAAGAACUCGCAGUGAGUUAAUGCCAUUUCUUACUGAAACUAUUUACGAUGAAGAUGAAGUAUUACUAGCACUUGCUGAGCAACUUGGAUCAUUCACACCACUUGUUGGUGGUCCUGAUUAUGUUCAUUGUCUUUUGCCACCAUUAGAAGCACUAGCAGCAGUAGAAGAGACAGUAGUGCGCGACAAAGCCGUCGAAUCACUCCGAAACAUUGCAAGCCAGCACAGCCCGACGUACUUGGAAGACCAUUUCGUCCCAUUGGUCCAGCGUCUCGCUUCUGGAGACUGGUUCACGUCUAGAACCUCAGCUUGUGGAUUGAUAAGUGUGUGUUACCCACGAGUGAGUCCAGCGACGAAAGCAGAGCUGAGGAAUCAUUUCCGCAACUUGUGUCAAGAUGACACUCCGAUGGUACGUCGUUCAGCGGCUUCCAAACUCGGGGAGUUCGCUAAAGUCGUCGAGAUUGAGUAUCUAAAGGCGGAUUUGAUUCCAAUGUUUGUUGUUUUGGCGCAAGAUGAGCAGGAUUCAGUACGCUUGCUAGCUGUUGACGCCUGUGUUAGCAUUGCUUCUCUCCUCCAACAGGAAGACGUCGAGCAGUUGGUAAUGCCAACACUACGUCAAUGUGCCGGUGAUCAGUCGUGGCGAGUUCGUUACAUGGUUGCUGAUAAAUUUACUGAUCUCCAGAAAGCAGUAGGCCCAGAAAUAACAAAAUCUGAUCUAGUUCCAGCAUUCCAAGUUCUUUUAAAAGACACAGAAGCUGAAGUUAGAGCAGCAGCUGCUGAAAAAGUCAGAGAAUUCUGUCAAAAUCUCGAUCAGUUUAAUCAAGAAAAUAUUAUUAUGACAAAUAUAUUACCUUUUAUAAAAGAACUCGUGGCUGACCUUAAUCAACAUGUUAAAUCUGCGUUAGCUGGUGUUAUUAUGGGACUUAGUCCUAUUUUAGGCAAACAUAAUACUAUUGAACAUUUGCUACCACUUUUCCUGAUGCAACUUAAAGACGAAUGCCCAGAAGUACGUCUUAAUAUUAUCAGUAACCUAGACUGUGUAAAUGAGGUGAUUGGUAUCCAACAACUGUCCCAGUCACUUUUACCGGCGAUAGUCGAACUCGCUGAGGACAGCAAAUGGCGAGUACGUCUCGCGAUAAUCGAGUAUAUGCCGCUGCUAGCUGGACAAUUGGGUGUCGAAUUCUUUGAUGAAAAACUAAACUCUCUGUCAAUGAACUGGCUUGUUGAUCACGUCUACGCGAUCAGAGAAGCUGCUACGCUUAAUUUAAAGAAGCUGGUCGAGAAAUUUGGUCCCGAGUGGGCUUCUAAUACUAUUAUUCCAAAAGUUUUAAACAUGUCACGUGACCAAAAUUAUUUACAUCGUAUGACGUGCUUAUUCUGUAUCAAUGUAUUGGCUGAAGUAUGUGGUCCAGAUAUAACAACAAAAGUAAUGCUCCCAACAGUUGUUGCAAUGGCUAAUGACAAUGUAGCAAAUGUAAGAUUUAACGUAGCAAAAACAUUACAACGUAUCGGGCCUUAUCUAGAACCAAGUGCAGUGCAGACGCAAGUCAAACCAGUACUUGAUAAACUUAAUACAGAUUCAGAUGUUGACGUUAAAUAUUUCGCUUCCGAAGCUAUUGCAGGAAUCGCAGCGUAGGUUAAUCACAUCUCCUAAGCGCAUUUAUCUCUAAUCCAUACGCCAGAAAACUACGUAUAAAAAAUUAACAUUAAAAAAAGAAAUAAAGAUCAAGAAAAUAAAUUUUUCACAGAAAAAAUAAAAUAAUAAAAUCAACAAUAAAUAACGUAUCAAUACCGGUCUCUUUUCCACAAGACGUAGAUAAAUAUUGUGAAGAUGCACCUAAUGUAGAAUUAUACUAAAAAAAAAAAAUAAAUAAUCUGGAAUUAUCAGUUAAUUAAAACUGGAGUAUAAAAAAUAAAAUAAAAUUUCAACUGUAUUUGUAUAUCUUUAGCAAUUGUACUAAGUAUUGAACUAUUGAGUUUUUAAAUUAAGGUCAUAUUAUUAUUAAUAUUAAUAUUAUUAUUAUACAUAUUGGUAUUAAUUAAGUAAUGUUUUAAGAGUAAAUUAACUAUUAGGUGAAUGAACAAGAGGAAUCAUUCUCUAUAAAUGAUAUAAAAAUAAAAAAAAGGAUCAUGUCAUUUGGUUAUUACUCGAAUAAAAUAUUAAAUCAA